GAGAGAAAGAGAGAGAGAGUGAGAGAAAGAGAGAGAGAGAGCAGCGCUGUUAAAGGUUAAAGGAAGGGACCACCUUUCUCAUUAUCACAUUUACUUUUUUUCUUUUGUCAACGGCCUGUCUAACCAACCAGUGCGCGUGGACUGUAACGUUCACCCAAGGCGGGGCUGACCCUCCUGUCUCAUUUCGGACCGACCACCACUAGGACAUCACGGACCCUGCUGCUGCUGCUGCUGCUUUAUGACAUUAAAGAUCAAGUCAUGAAUUCGGCCGAACAGACGGUAACGUGGCUCAUAACACUGGGGGUCCUGGAGUCUCCCAAGAAAAGCAUCUCGGAUCCAGAGGCUUUCCUCCAGGCGUCUCUGCAGGAUGGAGCGGUGCUGUGCAGGCUGCUGGAGCGACUCCGACCCGGGACGGUGGACAAAUUCUUUCAGGAACCGAGGGGCGACAGCGAGUGUCAGCGGAACAUCGCCGAGUUUAUUAAAGGCUGCGGGGCUUUCGGUGUGGAGCCUUUUGAGGUCAAUGACCUCCUGCAGGGACUGAACUUCUCCAAGGUCCUAAAGUCUUUGGUUGCCCUCAACAAAGCCACUGAAGAUUUAGGUGUUUCUGAAGACAGCGUGUGUGUGCCGCAUUCCUCCCACUUGAGGAUCAAGUCAUUUGACUCUCUGAAAACUCAGAGUCAGUCCUCUAAAGUCCUGCAGCCUCAGUACCGCAGCCUGGACAUGUCAGAGGGCAGUGGGUGUGGCCACGUGCUGUUCAAGGCGCGCUUUCCUUUCCAGCAGACCAAUGAGGACGAACUCUCUUUCUCCAAGGGCGACAUCAUCAGUGUGAGCCGGCAGGAGGAUGGGGGCUGGUGGGAAGGCUCGUUCAACGGCAAUUCUGGGUGGUUCCCCAGUAACUAUGUACGGGAGCUGAAAGGAACCGACAAGACAUCAGACAAGCCAAAGUCUGGGACACUGAAAAGCCCCCCCAAAGGUUUUGACACCACCAUCAUCAGUAAGACCUACUAUAAUGUGGUUUUGCAAAACAUCCUGGAAGCUGAGAGUGAAUAUUCAAGGGAGCUACAGAGUCUCCUUGGCUCCUACCUGCGCUCACUUCAUCCCACAGACAAACUCAGCAGUGUUGACAUUAGUCACAUUCAGGGAAAUCUGGAGGAGAUCUCAACCUUUCAGCAGAUGUUGGUUCAGUCUUUGGAGGAGCACACAAAACUCCCAGAGAACCAGCAGAGGAUCGGGGGGUUCUUCCUCAAUCUGAUGCCCCAGAUGAAGAUCCUCUAUGUGGCCUACUGCUCCAACCACCCGUUUGCAGUCAAUGUACUCACGCAACACAGCGAGGAACUGGGGGAGUACAUGGAGUCAAAAGGGGCGUCUGCUCCUGGGAUCCUCACUCUGACCACUAGUCUGAGUAAACCCUUUACCAGACUGGAGAGAUACCCGACCCUGCUGAAAGAGCUGGACAGACAUAUGGAGGACCAACACCCUGACAAAGCUGAUCUCAUUGCUUCAAUGAUGGACUUUAAAAGCUUUGCAGCUCGGUGCCAGGAGGUGAGGAAGAAGAAGGACCUGGAGUUGCAGAUUUUAACAGAGCCAAUCAGAAACUGGGAGGGGGAUGACAUCAGAACUCUCGGCCCUGUUCUCCAAAUGUCCCAAGCCACAGUCCACACGCAGAACUGUCAGGAAUCAAAUGAACGCUACCUUGUCCUCUUCCCUCACACGCUGCUCAUGCUCUCUGCCAGCCUGAGAAUGAGUGGAUUCAUCUUCCAGGGAAGGAUGCCACUGUCAGGAAUGCUCAUCUCCAGAAUAGAAGACGGAGAAAACCUGAGGAAUGCUUUUGAAAUAUCCGGUGGCCAAUGUGAUCGGAUGCAGGUGGCAUGUAACAGUCAGCAAGAUCUACAGGACUGGCUGGACCUUCUCACCAAACACACACACACUUCAGCUGCACACACACACUCGCACAACCCUCAGCCCGUGUGUCACACAUUGCCCUCUCAACCCGCCACUCCUUCCAGACACUCAGAGUCUCGUGGAGGGAGCACUAGACACACCUACCACACCCUUCCCCAUCUUUCUUCAUAUGGGACGGCCCUCAGCAGCAGCCCGAUGUGGGGGCCCUUGGAGCCACCGAGUACCCCUAUACCCUGGAGCCUGAGCUGCCUGCGCCCUGCGCCUCCACUCCGGCCCUCGGCUGCUCUCUGCUUCAAAGAGGAUAUGAGUAAGAGUCCUAAGAACAUGAAGAAGCUGCUCCCCAAGAGGAAGCCAGAGAGGAAACCUUCAGAAGAGGACUUUACUGUCAGAAAAAGUACAGCAGCGCUAGAGGAGGACGCUCAGAUACUGAAAGUGAUCGAGGCCUACUGUACCAGCGCCAAGACACGGCAGACGCUCAACUCCACCUGGCAAGGAACUGACCUCAUGCACAACCAUGUACUCGCUGACACCAGCCUCACCGUCGCUGGUUUCCCCAGCAACCUGCCUUGUUCUGACCAGUCAGAGGACUCGGAUUAUGACAGUCUUUGGACCGCCCAUAGUUACAGGACUGCCUCAGUUUCUCGCUCCAGCAGGAAGGACGUACAGAUGUUGUUCCCAGAGGAGGAGAAGAUUAUAGUGGAGGAGACCAGGAGCAAUGGACAAACCGUAGUGGAGGAGAGGAGUCUGGUGGACACUGUGUACAGCUUGAAAGAUGAGGUCCAGGGACUCAAACAGGACAACAAGAGGAUGAAGAGGACACUGGAGGAGGAGCAGCGGGCGAGGAAAGAGCUGGAGAGGAUUGUCAGGAGAGUUCUGAAGAACAUGAACGACCCAACCUGGGAUGAGACUAACCUCUGAGAUCAAUAGAUGUGUGAUCAUCAUGGACGAGACCAAUUUCUGACUUUAAAGUGACCAAAGGAACUAUGAACUGUUGUUCAACCUGUGUGUGGACAAAAGCUGCCAAUAUUUAAUUCAACACGUCGUCACCAUUUCUACUUGCUUUGACCAGUGUACCUAACUGUGGACCAAGAGAAAAUGUCUGCCAGCCAUGAGCAAAGCCAGCCCAACUGACCGUAAAGCUGUGAAGCCACAUUAGCUGGUAGGCAUGAUGACGUCACUUCCUGUCACUCUCCUUUACUUUUUCAAACAGCCUUCUUUGAAACACUGACAAACAAAUUUCUUUUCUCAUCUACUUUUGUAAUUAUCUUUCAUUCCUCUUUGUGUUUUGUUUUUGCAUUAAGUAUGAAAUUUAAAAUGUAACCAUUGGCAGCGCAGUGUUUUAUUGACUGGCCUAGUGCAUGAUUAAGAAUGCUACGUGGGUGCAAACCUUUCACAUUGACUGAAACCUUUUUUUUACCACACUCUUCAUUUUAUUGGCAGCAAUUUUUUGUUUAUUUAUUAUGUUGUUUCAUUGAUUCCAACACACUAAAAAAUAAAGUUGGUCAUUUGCAAUAUGAAAUGCAAAGUGUAGUAGGGCAUUACAUUUUAAAGUAACCCUUUUACCAGCACUCACUGUAUAAGUGACAGGAUGAGAUUACAUUUCUUUGUGUGGUCUAAAGAUUACUGCAGGACAAAUCUACAGUAGGUUAACAUUUUGCAACAGACCACCAUAUUAUUUGAAGUGUCCACUUCAUUGCUUCAUGGAUUAUGCAAAUUUCUGCCAAGAUUAUUUUGAUUAGUUCUGAAGAAUAUAAUAUGUUUUUGUAUUUGACUACGUUUUUAAACCCAGAUGGAUAAACUGCUAGUGAGUUGUACCAGAGACAUGGACAGAAACAGAGAAACUUGAUUCUGCUCUAACUGGUCUUUUACUUUUGCACACAAAAUAUAGUUUGGAGGCUAAAGCCUGAAGAUAAAUUGACUUUUGACAAUGAUCUGCUUUAAUUAACUGAAGGGCAUAUUAAAGAAUAUGAGCUCAUUAAAUUAAAAAAACCACAUCUUAAAAUGUGUUUUACUGGAAAACCGUCUUAUUGUCAACGGGAAGUUAGACGAAGAUUUUCUCAGGAAUGAACUUGUCCAUCUGGGAGUAUUUGCUUUCAGCUCCAGAUUCAUUCAUAUUCUUGAAAUUUAAUAUUCUUGCAGAUAGACAUAGAAACUUGAUUUUGAAGUCCAGACACCAGGGUAGUAUGUAAUUACGUUUGUUUUACCGUAGAUACAAAUUAAAUAAAUUAAAAAUCCAGGCGACUUUGGCUAUAAGCAAACAAGGCAGCAGAGCCAUACACUUUGUUUGAAAAUGCUAAAUUCCACACUCGCUACAAAUAUCUUUUUCUUUGAAACUUGGAAUAAGGUCCUUGGAGGUUUAAUGGUGAAAAAGCCAGCUAUAUGUACAUGUUUCGCCCGUAGUAGUCCUGGCAUUGUAAAACACUGUUUUAUACAGUAUAUGUUUUUAAUGUUUUAAACUUUUGGACCGACUCUCAACUUUUUUGCUACAGCUGUCAAUAGUAAGAUGGUUAGAAGGAUAUGAGAUACAAUUGUAUACUAAACUGAACUGAAAACGCUGGAAAAUGUUUUUUAUUAUGAUUUUUUACAAUGUCAAUAUGCAACUUGCUGUAGAAUGAUUUCUUAUUUUUAUAUUUGUGAUUGUGUUUUUAUCAACUGGUUUUGAUUUGUAACACUACUUAUUUUCUACUUGACCUGUUUACAUCACACUAACGAUGAUUUGUACAGAAAAGCAGCGUAUUUCUCAUGAACGUCAAGAGACGUGCCUUGGAAAGAAGAACAUUUCCUUUGCUAAACUUAUUAAGCAUAAAAACUUCACCUCCAACUAAAAUAUUACAAAUAUUAGUAACCACACUAAUCUAAUACAUGCCAAUUAUUAACUCUAACUUAUGUAUUUAACUGAGAGUGACUGAUGUAAAUGUAUUGCAGAUUUAAAUGGUAUGGUGAUGAAGGUGAUCACAAUAGUUUAAUAUGACAACAAUCAUCCCCACUCUAUUCAUUUCACCCAUUUGUCUGUGAAUAAAUGUUGAAUCAAA